CAUGUUACCUCGCCGUUGUCAAGAGGUUUAUUCCAACGAGUCGUUCUUCAAAGCGGAUCAGCAUUCAGUCCAUGGGCUGUAGCUCACGAAGCGAUGACGUUCACACGACAUGUGGCUCGGAAGUUGGGAUGUCCUGUUCUUGACCAUCCUGCUUUAGUGCGCUGCAUGCGGCAGAUAUCUAUUGCAGACAUUAUGAGGGUGCAGUUAUUAGUACCAGAAUACUUAACAGCCUUUGGGCCCAUGGUGGAUGGUUUAGUUAUACCUGCAGAUCCGGAAAAAGUUUUAACAAACCCAUCAGCUGACUACCUUUCUGGACCAAAAGUUGAUGUUUUAAUAGGUGUUACAAGAAUAGAAUCUUUCUUUUAUUUCGGUGCAAGUGAAGAACGCUACGGCAUUGAAGCUCUUCGAAGAGACAGAAUAUUAAGAACUUUAGUCCGAAAUCUUUUCACUUAUCAUCUUCAAGAGAUUUUCCUGACAAUAGUUAAUGAAUACACUGACUGGUCUAGGCCAGUCCAACACCCUGUGAAUAUAUUAGAUGGCACUGUGAACGCUUUGACAGAUGCUCUAGUAGUGGCUCCAUCGAUAAGCAGUGCAAAUUUGUUAUCUAAGUUAAGACAUAGGACGUUUCUCUAUGUGUAUAAUUAUGCAACCGAAGCGAGUGAUUACCCACAGAGACUUGCGUGUGUUCACGGGGAAGAUCUUCCUUAUCUUUUUGGAGCUCCACUGGUCAGCAGCUUAACCCAUUUUCCAAAUAAUUACAGCAAAGCCGAAAUUGCUUUAUCAGAAGCAAUCAUGCUGUACUGGACAAACUUUGCUAAAUACGGGGAUCCAAACGUUGUGCAUGACUUGGAAAAUCCUGAGAAAGCUAGAGGAAGAUUCGAAAGGUUUGUUUGGCCUUUGUAUGACAGUGUGGGUCAGCAGUAUCUCUCAUUAGCCAUGAAGCCAAAAAUUAAGGACCAUUAUCAUGCUCACAGACUUUCCUUUUGGCUAAGUCUUAUUCCAAAGCUUCAUCGUCAAGGCACAACUCCUGGCGUUGCAUCUCAGCAUCAUCUUUUAGACGAUCACGAUAACCCACUUACUUACGAUGGGAUUGUUCGCCAAGGCCCUGUUUUAACUCCUAUAGGUGUGCCAUCGCGCGCUCCAACCACGAAACCAAGGAUUAACCUUCAGAUUCCAACUGUAAGUUCAGGGACUAAAAUUAGCCUGACACAAACUCCAGAAUCAACAACAUCAUUUCAUUCUUCGUCUGGAGAACACCCAUGGGCCGAAGUGCCACCUACAUCCCAGCAAAGUUUCCCUAAUGUUUCAGGAAGUAUGGCUUCAUCAGAUACCAUUGUGACCCAAAAAGAUGGCUAUUUGACAGCCUUAAGAGUUACUAUCAUUGUUGGCUGUUCUCUCCUUAUCCUAAAUCUCUGCAUCUUUGCUGCUGUUUAUUACCAGAGAAAUGAGAAUAGAGUCGAUACUGAACUGAGAGAAGAAAGUUUUAAAGUAAGUCUUAAUGUUAUACUUAGAGAUUUUUUUAAUGUUAUGGGUUUUAUAGGACAGUCUGUUAUUUAUGUUAUCUGGUUAGUUUGA